ACUCUUCUUUCCACUCCUCUGUCAUUCGCUGCUGUUCCCAUCUGCUCAGUGGCACUGCCUGCUCGGUCCUUGCUGCAGAGGGAUCUCCAGACGCUUUCCCCUGGUCCUUCUCACUUUCUUGAGCAAGUGACUUUCCAACCGAAGCUUCAUGUGGGAGGCUUCAUGUUGGCAUCCUGAGUACAUGUCCCAAAUAUGUCCAGCCCCACCUUCUGAUCCUAGUGCGGAGGAGCUGCCGACAUAUGACAGUAGCUAUCCUCCUUCAAUACUGAGGAAAAGGCCACCAGUGGACCAAGCUGUGGGGGAAAAGCGGAAAGCAGAGAGAAGGGUUCGAUUUCGUGAGCCAGAAGAAGUCAUUGAACAUGCCAUUUCCUGCUGUGACUACGUAGUGGUAGAUGACAGGUCAUCAUCUGGAUUGCCUGUGCUCCUGUGGGUCUCAUUUUGUGCUGUGCUGAUCCUUGCCGUGAGUCUCUACUACACCAGCAUGAAGCAAGAUGUCAAAGUCCUGGAGGAAUUUCAAUCCCGACUUGUUAUCUUCUUUCUUCAGAUAAGACACAUUGCUCAGAAAUGCUGGACUUGGUUUAUGAGGCAGUAGCAAUGUCCUCUGGCCUGACAGACAUCUCAGAGCACUGAUAACCAGCACGUGGCAGCGCAAAGCUCCCAGUCUACUCCAGCCACAUGCAGGGAACAUGUGAGCAUCCACCUCGAAGAGCAACAAAAACACCCCCGUUGUGCACUGUCCAGCACCCACUUGUUCUCCUUUCUUCUUUCUUUGGUUUUUUUUUUUUUUCACAUUAAUGGGCAGUCAUAUUAGCACCUUGAGGUCUGUCAUGGUUUAACCCCAGCCAGCAGCUAAGCCCCACGCAGCCGCUCGCUCACUGCCCCCCCAGCAGGAUGGGGAAGAGAAUCAGAACAGUAAAAGUGAGAAAACUCAUGAGUUGAGUAAAGACAAGUUAAUAGGUAAAGCAAAAGCUGUGCACGCAAGCAAAGCAAAACCAGGAAUUCAUUCCCCACUUCCCAUGGGCAGGCAGGUGUUCAGCCAUCUCCAGGAAAGCAGGGCUCCAUCACGUGGAACAGUGACUUGGGAAGACAAACACCAUCACUCCCAACAUCCCCCCUUCCUCCUUCUUCCCCCAGCUCUAUAUGCUGAGCAGACUCCAUAUGGUAUGGAAUAUCCCUUUGGUCAUUGGGGUCAGCUGUCCCGGCUGUGUCCCCUCCCAACUCCUUGUGCACCCCCAGCCUACUCGCUGGUGGGGUGGGGUGAGAGGCAGAAAAGGCCUUGGCUCUGUGUAAGCACUGCUCAGCAGUAACUAAAACAUCCCUGUGUUAUCAACACUGCUUCCAGCUCAAAUCCAAACCACAGCCCCAUACCAGCUACUAUGAAAAAAAUUAACUCUAUCCCAGCCAAAACCAGCGCAAGGUCCCACCAAACUCAUGUUCCAUCAUCCUGAACAGCAAACAAGUUUCUGAAUGUUUUCCCCCAAAGAGCUUAUAAACUGCUGAUAUGGGGAGCAGAAGUAGAAAGAGAAAUACAUUGAUCUGUGCAGGCAGACUCUCCUGAGUCUCAAGUCAAGGCUUUAAAUACCAAACCAUCUUUCUCCUCAAGUCUCCGAAGAGCUAUUCUGCAAAAAUUAAAAUAAAGCUGAGCUAUUGCACAAACACUGCUCUGGUGGACAAAGGCUUGGCGAGCUGCUAUAUUUAUACACCCAAAAUGAUUAUUAGUAAAAUCGCAGCAAAUGGCUUUCUUGUUUCCCUUCAUGCAUUUUUUACCUCCACAGGCAAGAGCUGUUUCUUAAUGUUUCACUUGACUCCCAGGUGUGAAAAAGAACAUGAAAACUCAUUUAAACAGUGAAUAGUUUAUUUGCCUAACAUAAUAAAUAGCAUCAUUGAAUCCCAGGCUAAUUAUCAAAUCAGUAGUUUAAUCCUCUGGGUUUGAUUCAGUCCAUAAACCCCAGGAGCUGAGCUUACAAGAUUUAUGAUAGUGCUUGUAUUCAGCCAGAGGUUAUGCUUUUAUGCCUGGGUGUUCAAGGCCUUAUAUAAUGGUAAUAUGGACUGUUUAUGAAGGUAUGGGAGGCAAAGCCCCUUUAUCCUUCUGUUGUCCCACCAUAGUAUGCACCUCUCUGAAGGGAAUCCUUCUAAUGGAGAUCAUGCAAUGAAUGGGGAAUGGUGCUCUGGGUGUCUGAGAGGAGAACAAGCAGAUGCAAGUUUAUGAGCUUCAGCUAUGUUUUCUUCCUAAGCAAAACCAGCACACCCAACUUUUUAGGCCUUAGAUUCUUGUCAAGUAGCACCUCAUGUGUGCUUAGGUUUAUUUGGUGUGAUAAGAUUGACAUCAGAACUUCUAAGAGCUGAAGAAUGAGAAGAAAAAAAAGAGAGAAAGAAAACACUGCAGAGAAGAUGAAAGAGAUGCCUGCAAGACCUUGGCUCAAAUUCUCCUGCCAUUGCAACCCACCAAAAAGAAAAAUUGGUGCUUUAUUUUUAAUUAUUUUUUUUAAAGAGGACCAUACCUCUCUGCCCCAACCACCUUCUUCCAAACAGCCCAAGGACUUUAAGCAGACAGAGGAUAAACAGAAACACAUUAUGCAGCCUUCCCUCAAGAGGAGAGUGGACAGCAACUUAAUUGAGAAUGAGUCAAAAAAUUGCAGUCCAAGACAGAAAGAAGUGAUUUCAGUGGCUAUUCUCAUGCUCCUAAGGUGUCAAAGGCCACAGCAAUUGCAUUUGACACACUGCCGGUCUGGGAAGCGGAGGUGGCUGCAGGAGUGUUUAGCUCAGGGGCUCUUUGUGCAAACCGCUCAGGUAGCCCAGCUCAGAGGGUAAGUUUCACUGCUGCUUCCCUUCCCUCUCCCCCAUCUCAGCCCUGCUGUUUAGGUAAUAAAAAAGAAAAGUUUUAAA